GCAAGGGGCCCGUUCUUCGUACGACGCUUAUUACAUCCGAAAUCAAAUGACACAUCCAAGAUGAUAUCAUCGUGCUAAUCAUGAUCCGGCUAAUUGGGUUCUUCGAACACACCUGUUGUGUAUGAUUAGUCUCGCUGGAUUGAGUUAUCUGAGAUAAUUGCGCGUUCAUGUGUUGGUUUAAAAGUGGAUAUGUAUCGAUAGUAGAAACAUUGAUCAGCAAUGCUGCUAUUGGUUGUUCAGCAUGGCCAAAGAACGUGCCCAAUUUUUCUCCCAAGCAGAACAUGAGCUUUUAAUGGAAGGUUAUGCCGAAUUUAAGUCGUUAAUUAAAACGAGAGGGAACACCUCAAUGUCUGCAAAAGCCAGGAGAGAGGGCUGGCAAAAAGUAGCAGACAAAUUAAAUGCUGUCAGGCCCACCACUGGACCCACUAGAACAUGGGAACAAGUAAAAGUGAAAUACAAGAAUAUUUUACAAAAUGCCAACAAGAAAAAGGCUGAAAAAAACCAAACACCACAAUAUACCCCAGCAGAGGAGCUGGCUCUUGGAUUGAAUGAAAACCGAACCACUGUGGAGGGCAUCCCUGGGGGCAGCUCUUCCUCAGACCCAAAGACAGAGACCAGUAUCAGCAACACCUUCAUUUCUGUUUUACAUAAAACACCAACACUUUUACCUGUUCCCGUGCAAGUGGUGGCUGAAGCAUAUGCAGACAGUGAAGAAACCAUCUCAGAAGACUGUCCUUUGGAGGAAGAACCUGAGUCCACACCUAGAGAAAGGCUUGCAGAAGAGUCUGCACAAAGAACUAAUACAGAGGGUGACAUCCAUUCCCUCUAUAAACGGCAUCUUCAACAAAAAAUGGAGUAUUUUGAGCUGAAAAAAUGCAAAUUAAGAGGAGAAAUUGAACUUGACAACUUGAAAAAGAGAAAAAUUGCUCUAGAGAUAGAGUUGCUUCAAAAGGACCUUCAGAGUAAGUGCUAUUACACCAUUUGACACAUAGUUAUGUAAAGUCACCAAUUCUACUAUCUCUAAUUGCAGGCAAAAGAUGACUUGCUGGCUUUUCUUUAUAAAGAAUUGUUUAAAUAAAACUCCGGGAACUAAGCAUAUUUGUCGUCUUUUAUUACACAUUCAAAAAUGGUGUUCCACAAUUCUGUCCCGUGCAGCUCUGCCACUAGGUUGGUCCAAGUGCACUGGCUGGAGGUCAUCAUCAGGCUGCACCCCCACCACAGGGAUCCUCUCCUUUCUGAUAGUGGCAAUGUUAUGCAAUAUGGCACAUGCAAAAAUUAUGUCACAGGCCCUGUCAGGUGCAACCCUCAGACUUUUCAGACACUGAAAUCUUUCCUUAAGUUGCCCAAAGGUCAUUUCAAUGCAUGCCCUUGUCCUGGCUAGAGCUGCAUUGUAACGGGUUUGUGGUGCAGGGUUUGGGUCAGGGAAGGGUGUCAUAAAAUACUGCCUGCAGGCAUAGCCCCUGUCUCCAAGCAGGAUCCCAUCAAAAUUCCCUGUAUAAUGGAAAAAUGCAGUUUUGUUAGGCUCAGCAUUAGUGUGUAAUACUGUGAGCUUGACAUUUAUGUUCCCUUACCACGUUCAAAUAAUGUGCAUAAAUGUGACUCUCUGAAAAUUCUUGAGUCAUGCACUGAUCCUGGCCAUUUUGCAUAGUCACACACCAUCUGAGAGAUUUUAGUCAGUCAACUGCA